CGGAACCGAUUACGAAUGGCUCCUAAAAGAGAAGCCUCCGCUAAGAACUCACCUACGCCAGUGGCUCAGCCCAAACUGGGCCCAUCUUUUCCUCUCCUACCUACAACUCCUGCAGCACCAAAAGCAGCCCCAGAGAGGAAACUUAGAAUGCUGCGGCCAUCAGAUUCACCGUUUGACCCUACUACUUUGGAGAUUGAGUUUAACCUGGAACAGAUUCGUGAGUUUAAGGAGGCGUUCCUGCUGUUCGAUAGAACGGGCGAAGGACUGAUCUGUUACAGCCAAUGUGGGGAUGUCAUGCGCUCCUUGGGACAGAACCCUACCACUGCGGAUGUCCUCAAAGUCCUAGGAAACCCCAAAGCUGAGGAAAUGAACACCAAGAUGCUGGACUUUGAGAGGUUCUUGCCCAUGCUUCAGACCAUUGCUAAAAAUAAAGAUCAGGGCUCCAUGGAAGACUUUGUGGAGGGACUUCGUGUCUUUGACAAGGAAGGCAACGGAACAGUAAUGGGCGCAGAGCUGCGCCAUGUCCUCACCACACUUGGUGAGAAAAUGACAGAAGAAGAAGUGGAGACUCUUCUGGCAGGACACGAAGACGCAAACGGCUGCAUCAAUUAUGAAGAACUGGUCAGGAUGGUCAUGAACGGCUGAAGAUGAAAAGAAUCACUUUUUUCCCCCUCACCUUUUGCCCUGUCACGAUUUUUUUGACUGUUUUGCAGUUAGAUUUCUACAGCCCUACAAGCUCUUUGCCAUGGAUUUGAUUUGUCUUAAGCCGAGACCUUUGCUACUGCUGACAAGUACAACAUACUAUACAAGACUAGUAUGAAUGCAUUCAGUAAGGAGUCUUAAAACUUGCUUUGUUUGACACAUUCCAAGAUGCAUCGCCUGAGAUUUUUUUUUUCUUUUUCUCCCACGUUUGCCGGUGCCCAAUAUUGUAACUCCUGGUACCAAUGUGUACAUUGUGGGUGGGGAAUAUAAUAUUUAUACAUGCACGCAUACACAAUAGUGGUGUGAUGUACUGUAUUGGCAAAGAAUUUGGCUCAAAACCACUGGCUUGCUUUAUCAUUGUAGCAAAUCGGUAGAAGUCCUAUAAAAGCCAUAGUAUCCAUACCGAGACAACAUUUUACAUGUUUCCCAUGCUUUUAUUUUCACAAUCUCUUUUGGAUUUGAAUAAAAGGUCUCCUCAAACAUGA